AAUCCAUCGCAUCUUUCACAUUGCCGAGGAUUUCUCACGCUUCAGACCCAUCAUGCCUGCCAUGGGCCCCGGAGACUUGAGGCGAGUUCUGGCCAAGGCGUAUCCGUGGGUUCAGUCGCCAUUCAUCGUCGGGGCGCCCAUGCGCGUUCUCUCUGGGCCGAACCUUGCAGUCGCCGUUUCCAAGGCCGGCGGCCUCGGAUUCAUCGGUCCGACUCUCAAGGCGGGAGACCUCAAGGCGGACCUCGCAAAAGCUGCUGAUCUGAUACGAUCUUCACACUUGGCCUCGGAAGGCAUCCAUCGCGAUCGCGCCAUCCUCCCCAUUGGCGUCGGCUUCCAGACAUGGAACAGUGACAUUAAAGACUCGCUCGCGGCGCUUGAGAAGCACCAGCCUUGCGCCGUGUGGCUCUUUGCUCCUCGCCAUGGACAAGUCGAGUUGGAUGAGUGGGUUGGCAGCAUUCGUCAAGCGUCGCCGGGAACCAAGAUCUGGAUCCAGGUCGGCACUCUACGCGAAGCGACCGAUGCCGCCGGCAGCCAGUCUCCGCCAGACGUUCUCGUGAUUCAGGGCGCCGAGGCCGGUGGGCACGGAAGGGCAAAGGACGGAAUGGGCACCUUUACUCUUUUCCCAGAAAUUGCCGACGCGACUCGCGAAUCCGGCAUCCCUCUCGUCGCUGCCGGAGGCAUCAUCGACGGCCGCGGCGUCGCAGCGGCUCUGAGUCUCGGAGCUUCGGGAGUGGCAAUGGGGACGCGCAUGCUCGCGUCAACAGAAGCUCGCAUCAGCAAAGGGUACCAGGACGAGAUAGUCCGCGCCGCGGAUGGCGCGACAUCGACGGUUCGCACGCAGCUCUACAACCACUUGCGGGGCACAUUUGGAUGGCCCGAGCAAUAUUCGCCGCGCGGCGUCAUCAACAGAAGUUGGAUAGAACACCAGGAGGGCGUUCCAUUCGAUGAGCUCAAGAAGCGACACGACCAGGCCGCGGGUACCGGCGACGCGGGAUGGGGGCCAGACGGCAGACUGGCCACUUAUGCCGGGGCUGCGGUAGGGCUCGUGCGCAGUGUGGACGACGCCGCCACGAUAGUUGACGGUGUCAGACGGGAGGCAAGGGACAUUAUCAAGUCACUUCAUAGCGGUCUCUAG